AUGGAUGAGUACUCGUUUAGAAUUGCAAACAGAAUUGUUGGAAACCAUAAGAAAGCUCCAGGUAUCGAGAUUACUUUGAGUGGUCCAAAGUUGUUGUUUCAUCAUGAUGUCGUUGUUGCUAUCACUGGUGGAAAGGCAGAAGUUGAUGUGAACGGAAAUCCAGUUGACCAGUGGGCGCCUAUUUUCAUCAAGGCCGGUGACAAGUUGUCCAUUGGUAAAUUGAGCACUGGUUGCAGGGCCUACUUGGCUAUUAGAGGUGGUAUUGAUGUCACUGAGUACUUGGGAUCUCGCUCAACAUUUGCACUUGGAAAUUUGGGAGGCUACAAUGGCCGUGUAUUGAAAUUGGGAGAUGUCUUAUUUUUGGGACAACCAGAAUUACCCAGUUGUACCUUACCAUCUGCUGUUUCGGAACCAACUAAAAUCCCAGAAUCUUUGAUUCCCUCUUAUGAUUUCAAUGCCAACAAGAGCUGGAAGGUAGGUGUAACGUGUGGUCCUCAUGGAUCGCCAGAUUUCUUCAAACCAGAAUCUGUCGAUGAAUUCUUCUCCGCCAAAUGGAAGAUCCACUAUAACUCCAACAGAUUUGGAGUCCGCCUUAUUGGACCAAAGCCUCAAUGGGCCAGAAAGGAUGGAGGUGAAGCAGGUUUGCAUCCCUCCAAUGCUCAUGAUUAUGUUUACUCUUUGGGUGCCAUUAAUUUCACUGGUGACGAGCCUGUCAUAUUGACUUGUGACGGUCCUUCAUUGGGAGGUUUCGUUUGUGAGGCUGUGGUAGCUGAAGCUGAAAUGUGGAAGAUUGGACAAGUCAAACCUGGGGACACCAUCCAAUUUGUACCUCUUUCUUUUGAAGAUGCCAAGCUGUUGAAGUCCAAACAGGAUUCGCUUGUUGAAAGCUUGCAAGGAGAGUUACCUUCUAUUGAAACCAAAGCGUUGCCCAAACCAGAAAAUCCUGUUCUCGGUGAAGUCCAAGUUUCUCCUAAUGCUCCCAAGGUCGUUUACCGUCAAGCUGGUGACAGAUACAUCUUGGUCGAGUAUGGUGAAAAUGUAUUGGAUUUGAACUUGAGCUACAGAAUUCAUAAGCUCAUUGAAAUGGUCAAGGAUAACAAAACCAAGGGAAUUGUUGAGAUGUCUCAAGGUGUGAGAUCCGUGUUAGUUGAGUUUGACUCUGAGGUUACUCAGAAACAACUUUUGCAAACUCUUAUCUCUUACGAAAAGGAGAUUGUCUUUGAGAACAAAUGGAAGGUUCCUUCUCGUGUUAUCAAAUUACCUAUGGCUUUUGAAGACGAGAAGACCCUCGCUGCUGUCAAGAGGUACCUGGAGACCAUUAGAGCCGAAGCUCCAUGGUUACCCAACAACGUCGACUUUAUUGCUAGUAUCAAUGGAGUUGAUAGAAGUGAUGUCAAGAACAUGAUGUACACUGCCCGGUUUUUGGUUCUUGGAUUGGGAGAUGUCUUCCUCGGUGCACCUUGUGCGGUUCCUUUGGACCCAAGACACAGAUUAUUGGGUACCAAAUAUAACCCUUCGCGUACUUACACACCAAACGGUACCGUUGGAAUUGGUGGAAACUACAUGUGUAUCUACACCAUGGAGUCUCCUGGUGGAUAUCAGUUGGUAGGACGUACAGUUCCAAUUUGGGACAAGUUGUCGUUGGGUUCACACUCUGUUAAUCCAUGGUUGCUUUCACCUUUCGAUCAGGUUGAGUUCUAUCCUGCUUCCGAAGCUGAGGUGGAUGAAUGCUCUGAACGUAUGAAUGCUGGUAAGUUCAAGGUUGAAAUUGUGGAUUCCGUCUUUGAUCAUGGUGCAUACUUGAAAUGGGUGCAAGAGCAUUCUGCUUCGAUUGAGGAAUUCCAGAAAAACCAAGGCGGGGAGAAACUAGAGGAGUUCAACCGCUUGAUUCAAAUUUCAAAUGCUGAAUUGGCAACGAAUGGGGGUGUUAAGUUGGGAGAGGAUGAAAAGUUUAGCGACGAUGCCGAAUUGGUAUACUCUGAGUACUCGGGACGAUUCUGGAAACCAUUGGUAGCUGUUGGCGACGAAGUCAAACAGGGUCAAGGUUUGAUUGUAGUGGAAGCCAUGAAGACAGAGAUGGUGGUGAAUGCGACUCGUGGAGGUAAAGUUGUCAAGAUCUUCCAUGAUAAUGGAGACAUGGUUGAUGCGGGAGAUUUAGUGGUGGUUAUUGAAUAG